GAAUUGCAAACAAAAUCGCUCACACCCAGCAUUCGCAUCCCAGAAGAAUAGAUUGCAACUGUCGAUCGAGUCGUCCUGCCAUUUUACGGUCUUGGCGUGCUGUAAACACCAAAUUUGGAAGCGAGUGAUUAUCCAUAGUUGACCCGCCAUCUCAAAGCUCAUCAACAACGCCGAGACCGUCGCACAGCUUGCAUCCCCGCACGCUCCCUUCACACCACGGAACGCACAUCACACACCAUGCAGCGUCGUAUGCUCACGAAAGAGGAGGAGGCCUCUGCGGGCGCCGAGGAUAUGGAGGUCCGCCGCGAGGACCAGGAGAAGAUUAACAAGUUUAGCUCGUUGCAUCAGAAGGAGACGAAUCUGGAGGAGGAGCUUGGGGCGAAGAUGAAGGAGAAGGAGGACCUUGAGGAGAUCUCAACAGAACUCGAGCUCGUGGAUGAGGACGAGAAAGUACCGUACAAAGUCGGCGACUGCUUUGUCUCUUUACCUCAGCCGCAGGUCCUCGAGCUCCUGGAGAGCUCAACACAGACCAUCGACGAUGAGGUCGAGGCGCUGAAGUCGAAGCUCGAGACUGUCCAGGAAGAGAUGGGAGAGCUGAAAAAGGCCCUGUACGGCCGCUUUGGGAGAAGUAUCAACCUCGAAACCUAGGCAACCACUUUCUAGCUCGGAUCGGUGCACGAAACGCAGCAGUCAGUAAUACGACACAUAGCAUCAACUUACCGUAUUCCGCCGUUAUUUGACAGACGGAGUUGACAUUCGCCUCGGAGCUGAUUUCGAGAUCGGAGUGCCUCAAGAACAGCGGAAAACCAAUGAUCCGCGGAGUCACAUCAUCAAUUCAAUAAGCUCUCCACGAAUUGCAACCAUUGAGGCUCUUGCAGCGCUUCGGCAAGUGGGUCCAGGCAU